AAUUCAUUUAGCUUUGGUUAUUACUCUUCAAUAUGAUUGCUGUAGGAAUCCUAAUGUUUGUUGCACUGAUCAUUUCAUAUGCUGAUUGUCAGCCCCCAGUGUUGGUACUUGAUAAUGUUAUUGUAAAUGUUGGACAGAGAGCAUCUUUCACCUGCAAGAUUGGAGCUAAGGAUGGAGACUAUGUAUAUUUCUUAAAGCAAAACUCUGGAGAAGUUCCUCAGCUUAUACUGUAUAAUCACCACUCUUUCACAGCCCCUAAAUAUGGUCCUGGAAUGUCAUCAGCACAAUAUACAAGUUCCAUAAACAGCGCUGGAACAGAAUAUCAGCUAAUUAUAACAAAGGCAGAAGCAACAGACACUUCUUUAUAUUACUGUGUCAAAUGGUACAGUGUAGGAUACCACAGUGAUAAACAGCAGAACAAAAUCUGUAUUUACUAUUCUGAUUACUUCCCUUAUCCUCAUACAGAGAAUCAAAAUAUCUUUAGAGCAAUAUUUAAAUCCUGUGCAAUGUAUGUGACAAGGGAAAAGGAAAUAAAAGACCAGAACCAAUUUCAUUCAGACAUGAAUCCUAUUGUUAGAUUCCUGUGCAGUUCUCUGUUACUAAUUGCAGAUGUAUUUUGCCAAACUCCUGUGCUGUCACCCUCUACUCAUUCUGCUGGUGUUGGUCAAAGUGUAACAUUUAAUUGUGUUACUGGUGUAAAAGAUUCAGAUGCUACAGCUUUUAUUAGACAAUAUCCAGGAGAAACUCCAAAGAAGAUUUUACAUAAUUAUCACUCAUACUCAGCUCCUGUUUAUGGACCAGGAUUUUCUUCAAACAAAUUUUCUUCAACCAUAAACAGUGCUGGGACAGAAUAUCAGUUGACUGUGAAAAAUCUAGAAGUCACAGAUACAGCUGUUUAUUACUGUGCUAAAUGGUACACAGCAAGAGCUGCAUACCACUGUGAUAUAUAG